CUUACGUGUAUGAUUGUAUCAUUUAUGAUGCGCUCAGUCAUGAGUUUCGCAAUCUUAGCAAUGGUCCGGGAGGAAAACACGACUGGUGAGAUGUUCAACUACACACAGCAACUUUGCACUUGGAAUGUUAAUACCACAGCGGCAAAAACUAGCUAUGGAGGUGUACUUAAUUGGUCAUUAAAUGUACAGUAUUACAUUUUAUCGUCUUUUUAUUGGACGUAUAUAACCGCACAGCUCGUGGGUGGAUACACUGCACAAAGAUAUGGUUCAAAAUUGGUGGUAGGUUUGGGUGUCUUAGUAAGUUCGAUUUCCAUUAUCUGUAUACCGCUGGCAACUGUGAACGUUGUACUGGUAAUAAUUCUCCAGUUAAUCCAUGGAUUCGGACAGGGAGUAAUAUGGCCAGCAUUGUAUGGCGUAAUCAGCUGGUGGAUUCCUAUGAAGGAAAGAAGUAGGUUUGUCACGUGCUUCCAAGGAAUGUCAGUUGGCACAAUGAUUUCGCGAAGCACGGCCGGCCUAGUUAUACAAGCCUUUGGAUGGGAGUACGUCUUUUACAUUUUCGGAGUAACAGGUCUGCUAUGGUGUUUCGCUUGGUAUACAUUAAUGUAUAACAAACCCGAAACGCAUCCAAGAAUAAAUUUAGUUGAAUUAGCCUAUAUUCAGACAAAAAGGGAUCAAUCACUAAACGGCGGUAAGGGUGAGGUGCCAUGGCUGAAAAUAUUUUGCUCGCUACCAAUGUGGGCAAUUGCGAUUUCUUCUUUCGGCAGGAUGUGGUUUGCAUCAGUAAUAAUGAUGUACGGUCCCAUGUAUCUCAAAACGGUAAUAGGUCUAAAUGUGCAAAUGAAUGGAUUACUAUCGAGUACAAUUUCGUGUGCAACUUUUUUCGCUUCGAUCAUCUUCUCGUUUAUAUCUGACAAAAUCUCGACUCAUCAAUUACUCUCCACUAUCACGAAUCGCAAACUGUUCACGGCGAUAGGGCACAUCAUCCCGGGAGUAUUAUGCAUUUCAAUGAGUUAUUCAGGUUGUAACCAGAACAUAAUCAUAGCAGUUUGGGCACUUGUGCAAAUAGCCGCUUCGGCAUGUUUUGCGGGUGCCAUGGUUAACACUGUAGAUAUCGCACCCAAUUUUACUGGUCCCGUUGCGAGCAUAAUACAAACUAUUAUGGUGACCCCAGACAUUUUAUCGACGAUGGUCGCGAAAAACUUUCUCCAGCAGGGGAGCAAUUUGGACUCGUGGAGGAAUAUAUUUAACAUCUCCGCAGGGAUGUAUUUCGGGACAUAUUUAUUUUAUCACUUAUUCGCCUCGGCUGAUGUACAAACGUGGGACAAGGCAGUUUCCAACAAAAAUGACGUUGAGGAAUCGGAAGCAUUUAAAGUAAUAUAAAACUUUUUUGAAACGGUCAUUUGACUUGAAUUUUGUGACGCAGUACAGUAACAUUAAAACUGUCUUAGAUAACCUUUUUAAGUUAAUAGUUUUUCAACCAAAUAUACACUGUGUCUAAAAUAAGGAUAUGUCCUACCAUGAGGAUCUCGUAAACCGUUGAAGACACAACGAUGGCUAGGUUAGGGACAAGUUGCCCAAUUAAACAGUUAUUUUCCUGCUGUAAAAAAAACCCUGAAAAUUCCGAUUACUUCCGAAAGUAUGCGAGAAAAGCCGAAAUUUGCCAGUUUUGUUUGUAUUUCACAUCAAAAAUUGUACUAUAAUCUAAGGACUUAAAA